AUGGUAAGAGUCUGGGGGUCCGCGGUCGGGGCUGGGUUGUUGCGGGCUGGCUGCGGGCAGUGAGUCGCGGUUGCCCCGCGGUGAGAGGGAGAUGGAGAUGGAGAUUGGGCAGGCUUCAGUGCGCGGACUGGGAGAUCUGGGAAGGGAACGGCUGGAGGGGAGGCAGCGGGGCCCCCCACCCUACGAAGGAUUCCUGGAGAAGUCUGCCAUUUUCAACUUUCAGAGCCUGCUGACAGUCAUUUUGCUGCUUAUAUGUACCUGUGCAUACAUCAGAUCCUUAGCUCCCAGCAUCUUGGACAAAAAUAAAACUGGACUGUUGGGUAUAUUUUGGAAGUGUGCCAGAAUCGGUGAACGAAAGAGUCCCUAUGUAGCAGUGUGCUGUAUAGUAAUGGCUUUCAGCAUCUUAUUCAUCCAGUAGCUGUAAAAUGCCAGAAUUUAAUUGCUGUCAGAUUUCUAUAGAUAAAGGACUUGCCUACAGAAAACAAUGGGAAGAGUGAUUAUUGAUCCUUUCAGCUGCGUACCUUGACUGAAAGACUCCUGGCUGCUGUUCUCAAUUAUAUGUGUUAAUGGACCAAGGUUGUUCUCUAUAAAUAACUAAAAUGCAACUGUUAAUACCAGAAUAGAGUGAUAUCUAUAUAAUGAUCUACCUUGUUUAUAGUUUUGCCACUAUAGUGGCAUUCUGUAAAUGGCAUUUUUUUUGAUCUACAGGAGGUAUUUCUAUUGCAUACAAUUGAAAGCAAACUUGGUAAAUGAUUGUUCAAGUUCCUUUCUGUGUGAUUUAAGGGGAAAAUCGUAUAUUUCUAUAACACAUUUUUUAAUUUGAGAAAAAUGGUUGAAUAUUAUACAAAUGUUCACAAAAAUUGCAUUUGUGUCUAAUAAUGCUUUAAACAUGUUUUCCCUGGCCAUCUCAAUUUGUACUGUUUUAUCUGCAGCUUACUAUAUUUUCCAACCUUAUGAAGUCAGUCUGUGCAGUACAUAGACAGGAAAAUUGUUAAGAUUGUAUAUGCAAGUAUGUAUUAUAUGAAAAAAGUAUUGUUUUCAGAUCCAUUAUAAAAGAUAUGAAUUCUUACAGAUGUUCUCAGUUAAAGCAAAAAACUAUCAGGAAAGUUUACUAGGAUACUUCUCCAUGACAUUUGGAUCUAUAUAUGUCUUAAGCAUUUAUUCAAAAACCUGCUACUCAAGAAACAUUUGAAAGAUGAGGUGAACUAAUUAGAACAAUUGUGAAAUGGUGAUUCUUAAUGUUUCAUAGAUUUGGACCUCAAGACUCAGAUAACAAAAUAUUUGUUUUCAUUGCCAGAAAUUCAAAUGGGGGGGGGGGGGAUUUUUUUUAACCUUGGAAAUAAGAUCAGUUGACCCAUAUAAAUGGGGUUUUUUUUGACAACUUGGUCUGAUAUCUUUUGGUUAUCUAAAGAUAUGUAACUGGUGUAUAUAUAUAUGUGUGUGUGUGUAAGUACUGAGCUAUACCAAAUCCAUUAAUUCAAUGUUCUCUAUUGUAAAAAAAUAUUCAAUACAAAUUGCUCUAAGCUUGAACAAAAGAAUUUCAGUAAGUCAUAAAAAGGCAAUUUAUGCAUUCUCUGAGUGCAGUUACUUUUUUGGGGUCUUCAAGGAGAAGGCAUAAAGGGAAAUUCUCAUGAUUGGAUAUACUUAAAAUUUCUUUAUUGCAACUGAAAUUCAGUCAGUUUCAAAAUAGAGUUCAAAAACUUGUGACACAUUUAAUUAUUUUAAUUGGGUUUCUUGUGUUUUCAGGUUCUAGACUAAAAAUUUAAUAAAACUUUUGCUCAGAUGUUGAUAUGAACAUAUGUAUAUAUGGAUUCUUUGGGCAUUUAUUAUCUUCUACUGUUUGAAACCUCGGUUGCCCAGUUAUUUCUUCCAGAUCUGUACUGUGUGUUCAAAGGUAUCAAAGCAUUUGAUAGAAAUAAUAAAUUUCAAAUCUGAGAAGGACCUUACUUUUAAGUAAGUAACUGCUUUUUAAAGCAGUUAAAGAACUUCAUUUCUCAUUUUGACUUAAAAGUUAGUGAAAAUUGUAUGAGAAUACUUCUAAAUUAAAAAUUGUCCUCCUCUUA